AUGUCCGCCGCAGCCGACGGCGGCGACGCCGCCGCCGCCGCCGUGCUGCCACCUGUCAUCCGGCGGUUGGACGAGGCGGUGGUGAACCGCAUCGCGGCGGGCGAGGUGAUCCAACGGCCGGCGUCGGCCGUGAAGGAGCUGGUGGAGAACAGCCUGGACGCGCGCGCGCGCAGCGUGGGCGUGGUGGUGGUGAAGGACGGCGGGCUCAAGAUGAUGCUCAUUACCGACGACGGCCAUGGCAUCCGCCCGGAGGACCUGCCGAUCCUGUGUGAGCGGCACACAACGUCGAAGCUGAGGGAGUUCUCGGACCUGGAGAGCAUCGCCACGCUGGGCUUCCGCGGCGAGGCCCUCGCCAGCCUCACCUACGUCUCGCACCUCACCGUCACCACCAUGACCGCCGGCCACACGCACGGCUUCAGGGCUCAAUAUCGGGACGGUGAACUGCAGGGCGAGGCGGUGGCGUGUGCGGCGGUGCAGGGCACGCAGGUGCUGGUGGAGGACCUCUUCUUCAACGUGCCUGCACGCCGCAAGGCCUUCCGCAGCCACAGCGAGGAGUACGCACGCAUCCUCGACGUGCUCUCCCGCUUCGCCAUCCACAACUAUGACGUGUGCUUCUCCUGCAAGAAGUUCUCCAUGAGGGGGUUGAUAUCAUCGGCGAAUUACAGUGCUAAGAAGACCACCAUGGUGCUCUUCAUCAACAACCGCCUGGUGGAGUGUUCGCCACUGCGCAAGGCGUGUGAGGCCACAUAUGCAGCCAUCCUGCCAAAGGCAGCGCGUCCCUUCCUCUACCUCUCCCUCUCUCUACCCCCCACCACGUGGACGUCAACGUGCACCCCACCAAGCGCGAGGUACCGCCUCUACUAUGCCGCCCUUCCUCCUACGACUGUGUCACCACAUGCAUGCGAUGGUUAG